AUGUGUAGGCUGUGUUUCCAAGGACCUGAUGAAGAAAUUUUUGGAAAAUUCUUAAAGGAUAUAGAUACUGGUUUUUCAGUUCACCAGUAUUGUAUGGUAAGGAAUGAUUCCUUUACAAAUUUAAAAUUUUUUUGCAUGUAGUUCAGCCCUCUGUCCCUUUUAAUCUCCUUAACCUCUAAGAGUGACUAGAAUCUAAGUUCUCCUUACAUUAUCAUCCCUGAAUCACUCAUCAAGGUCAUGAGAAUAAAAGAAAUGAUCACCAACUAAAGAAGCUCUUGAUUGUUAAACAAAUUCUCCUUGUCAGCACCUAAGGAAAUGUAUAGAGAACAGUAUGGAGAAUAUGCAUACUGAUUAAUGUCAGUGUGUAAUGGUUUAAAAGGCAGUUGUGCCUCAGUAACACUUACAAUGUUGGGAACAUGGGAAUAGUUUGUAAAUCACUCACCUCCAGCCAGAAAUGAACAAACUUUUCUAGGCAUGUGUUAUCACGCUGGUAAACUGAUGGAAAGCCCUGUCUAUUGCAUAAUGAAUUGUUUCCUGUGCAGUUUCUUUCCUCAGGACUGGCUCAGAGAGGAAAAGAUGAUGAAGAAUUUGAUGGAUUUUUAAUCAAGGACAUAAAGAAGGAAAUAUCAAGGGCAAAGAGACUGGUUAGUAAGAACAAAAACAGUCCUGGUCACUUAUUUGUCAGAUACAGACACUCAAGUCUCCAUCUUAGGCCACUAAACUUUCUUGUCAAUAGCCUUGAUUUUCAAUCAAAGAUACAGAAUAACACACAUCUAAUGAUUAAUUUUUUGUAGUUUCUCUCAUAAUGCAGUUGUUUGACCCUUUAACUUCGUAAAGUGAUCAAGAUAGAACUUCUCCUUACAAUAUCAAUAAAAUAUCAAGAAGAGAAGUGAUGAGAAUAAUGAAAAUCAUCAAUUAGGAGAUUAUUGGUUGAUUCAAAACCAUUUUUUUCAAACUCAAAUGAUAACAAUUGUAAGGGGUGAAUUUAUGAAUUUUUGAAUGUUUAAGUGAAAGGGGUGUGCAAUGUUUUUCAGCUGCUCACUGAACUUAUUUCCAUCUGUCACUGUUGCAGCUGAAGUAUUUAAUUUGAGCCUGUACCUGUGAGAUUGACCACUGACCAGAAGAGCCUGCUGAGCUGCUCGUGAUGAAUUAUUUUCCAAUGACUAUAUUAAUUGUCUUUAUGGUAUUGUUUAGUUUGGCUCAUUUCUUUGCAGAGAUGCAGUUUCUGCAGGAAGCUGGGUGCCUCUAUUGGCUGUUGUGAGGGAGGAUGUUGUGAAACUUUCCACUAUAAAUGUGGAAAAGAGAACGGAGCUCUGUUUCAGUUUUUUGAUACCUUUAAGUGAGUUUAUUUUCAGUGGUAAUAACCUUCUUUUGCUUUGCACUUGGGCCAUAAAUCCAAGCGGAAAAUACCCAGUCCAUGACUUACAAUACAGAAUUUUAAUUGGGUUAGUAAAAGGUUUUUAACCCUUAAACUCCUAGAAGUGAUUAACAAGUAACUUCUCUCUACAAUAUCCUUUUACUAUCCACCAAACAGGUAAUGAGAACACUCAAAUGUAUCAGGUUGAAGUUGUUCUCUUGAUCUAACACCAAAUUCUUGUAACUUAUUCACAAGGAAAUAGAGGAGAGCAGAGAGAAUUAACAAUCAGAUCUUGGGAAUUGAAGGGUAAAACAUGUAAUUGUUGCUUGUGAUUUCAGUAAAAUAGCUUAACUUUUUGAAAGAAACUCUGCAUCAGAAAGGCCAAAAUUUGAUGAACACUGUCAGUGGCAUUUAAUGGAUAUGUUAAUGAUAUUUAUAAUGACUGUCUUGAAAGGUCGCCUCAUCCAUAGGAGAUUUUUAGGCUAGUCCUGUCUGAAAAAUCUAGGACUCAAAAAAAAAAGUGAAAAACAACUUAAGACUUAUAAGAAUAACUACACCAAGGUUAAUCCUUUUAACUCCCAAGAUCAAAUUAUUAAUUCUCCCCUCAAGCUUCUAGACAUUUCCUUGUAAAUUAGUUAUGAGAACAUGGUGUUAGAUCAAGAUGACAACUUCUACCUGAUAAGUUUGAAUAUUCUCAUUACCUGUUUGCUGGAUAAUGUAAGGAUAUUAUUGGGAGAAGUUUCAUGUUGAUCACUUCUGAGAGUUAAAAGGUUAAUAAAACAGAGCUACCAAAAAACUGCAAAGUCUCAGUUUUCUGACUUAAAUUACACUAAAAUUCUUAAGAUAGCAUUUUUGAAAUGGCAAAUAGUUUCACUGGUCCUGAUUAUUAAUGGUCUUGUUCCAUUCUGUAAAUAACAAAUAAAACAAGUGUGACUGGCCCUUUGAGAUACCAAAAAGAUAAUUUUGAUGAUUGUUGUGAAUGUUGAUUACUAAAUGUAGCAUCAAUAGUAAUAUUUACCAUAUUUUGUCCCUUUGUGUUACACCACAGUUCUUUUUGUCGGCAUCAUCGCCCAACCCAGGAUGUGGCAUUAAAAAGAAACCAAACCUGUCCAAUCUGUUUGUGUGAAAUAGAACAGAAGAAUAAGUCACCUGUUUAUGAUAUUCCCCUUGUCACACCUUGCUGUAGAAGGACGUGGUUUCACAACAAAUGUCUUCAGGUACAGAAAAAUCCUUUUUUUUCCAAUUUUUUUCUAAUUUAUAAUUUUCACAACUUAUUGCCAAACUCCACAUUUUCGUCAAUUUGUUGUUUUUUUUUUUUUUUGCACAUCAUUGAUUGACAAGGUGACCAAAGAAUCACUCUGAUUUUCAAAUGAUCCUGGCAGAAUUACUCAUUAGAAAAAAAAAUCUAUCUGUAUAUGAAUAACUGUAACUUGUUGCACAAUCUAGAUGCGACGGAAGUUCAGAUUGUCACCAAGGAAAAAACACAAUCAUAUAAAAAAAACACAAUUAUAUGAGUAUUUAACCAUUUUACCACCCUGGGAUACAUCUGCAACUUAAAACCUUUAAAUUCAAAUGGAGUAAUAAUAUGCUAAGACACCUUUUCUGGGAAACGUUUUGUUCAAUUUAUGAUCACACUUAUAGGUUUUCAAUAUUUUUCCUGUAGAAACAUGCAAAGUCAAGUGGGUUGUAUUACUUCCGUUGCCCAGUUUGCAAUAAUUUGGAAGAAUUUCAAGAAGAAAUGAAGCGAAUGGGAAUUUUCAUACCUGAUCAGUAAGUUUUAGUUAACCUGUUUAUCAACCCUUUCCCUCCCAAGAUCUCAUUAGUAAUUCUCCAAAAAGACUGUCAAACAAUUCAUAUGAUUUUAGUGCUGAGAAUUUGUGAUUGGAUCAACUAAUAAUCUCCUAAUUGACAUUUCUCUUUAUUCUCAUCAAAAGGGUUAAAGGGUUAACUCUCAUGGGUGACUGAGACAGAAUGUUGGUUUUUAACAUCAAUACAAUAUCAAGCAGACAAGAGAUGAGAAUAAAGAAAAAUAUUAAUUUAAGGAUCAUUAGUUGAUCUAAUACCAAAUUCUUCAAGACAACAUCAACAGAAUUGUAUGACAUACACUAAAGAGAAUUAAUACUGAGAUCUUGGUAGUGGAAGGGUUGAAAUGAUCUCAGAUUAAUUUCAUGUCAGAGAAGUGAAUGUUCACAUAAUAUAUUAAAGGACAGAAUGGAUUAUUUUAUGUAAAAGAUUCCAAAUGCAUAGAAUACGAGUAAUUCCUCCUUUUUGAUGAUGUCGGGGAAAAAAUGGUGAUUGUGUGCUACAGGGAUCUUUGGUUAUAGUCUACCAAAUUCAUAGAUUGUGAGCAUUAGUCCCUGAAAAUCUGCUAUUAGUGUUGGAAAACUGACAAAGGAUAUUUUUGUAAAAUUAUUUACAGGGAUGCUAGUUGGGAAACAGAAGAUGCCUUUGUUGACCUUCUUUUUCAGUACAGUCGCUGUGAUGCAAAGAACUGUGUCUGUCCCAAUGGCAGAGAGUAUAAGGAAACAUCUGGGUAUAAAACACUUAAAUUCUCUUGUUUUUAGUGGUGUAUUAUACAUUAAAAAUUCUACUUUGAUUUAAAACUUUCAUUGAAAAUAGUGCAGUCAAGAGCCAUUGGAUUAGUCUAUUAGCAAUCAAUGACAGUACCUAAGCAACUGGACACCUACCUCCCAUAACCUAUCUAUAACCCUAAAUAGUUAUCAGUUGACUGUUAUUGGGGUAGGGGAGGGGUAGGUGGCCAGUUGCUCAGAUACCAACAUUGAUCCAUGUAAAGCUAAAGCAGUGGAUUUUUGGGGAACCUUUUGUAUUUUACAUUAUAUCAGUAUUCCAAGCUCAAGGUAUUUCAAACGUACCAUUUGGCACCUUAAAAAAAACAGAAAACAACCUUCAGAGAUGAAAUUUAGUCAACAGAGGAAAAAAAAUGAUGGAACAAUGGGAACACUUUGUGUAAUAUUGUAUGGUUGAAAAAUGGCUGAGCACACUACAAACCUUUGAAGUAAGCAAUGUGGUUGUUUGAUGUUAAAGGUUCAUCAGUUUACUUCAACUUAAGAUCAGUAACAUGCAAUGUUAGAGCCUGCUUCUUUUCCACAAAACACAGGUCACCAAUUGGGCAACUUUCACUGUAAAUUUAGUUGCCAAAAUUGUUUUAAACUUGUGGUUGCCAUGGAAAUGUUUUUUGCUUGGAGGGCUCAAUACAUUUACAGUAUUGCUGCUCUAAUUUCAGAAAAUGGCGCCUGCGUUUGUGUGACACCUGUGGCCAAACUGGCACCCAUCUGAAGUGUCAACGCUGGAAGAAAUCCCCCGGAGAAUGGCAUUGUCAUGUAUGUGGACAUAGUGAGCCUCAAUUGAGUACACGGCAAAGACAAAUAGGGGAUCAUUCCAUGAACUAUUUAAGCCAUGACGAUGAUGAUGAUGCAUGGGAAUCACCAACAGAAGACUGUGAAGUCAAUGUGUGUUCAGUGUCAGAUGAUGAACCUCCUCUUGCUGAGAUCAGAAAUGAGUUAAACUGCAGAAGAGAGACACCUUUACCUGAAGAUACUGUUGUGAAGAAGCCUAACAUGGGAUCAUCUCCUAUGAGGAAACGUCUCAGAAUUUCCCUUCAAAGAUCAGAUGAUGAAGACGAAACAAUUGAACAAAAAGGAGAACGUACAAUAGAACUUCAAGAAACUCCUGACUUUAGUGGCCUUCACCUUGGUGACAGUUCAUCAUCGAUGACAUCUAGUGUUCUUCUUACUCUCUCUGGUCUUAUCACAGGGUCAGCGAGGGAAAAUCUUCAAAAUGAAUUUGAACUAAUUGGUAAAGAAUCUAUAGAAUCUGAUUGUUCAUCAGAUGCAAGUGUUGAGUUUGUUAAGGCAGUGAAAACAGAUAAGGAACAUUUUGACAGUGAAGCUAAUGUCGACAGAUCAGCACCAGUUCUCCCUAACACAAGAUCUGCACAAGGUGGUAAGGUGCCGAGAAGAGCAUGUUUCCGAGAAGUAAAACAAGAUUUGUCCUCAACAACAUCAAAAGCAGUUAUGAAUUUUGUGGAAGCAGAAUCUUGCAUCAUUUCUGUGAGGACUGAAGGAAGAGAGUCCACAUCAGUUGUGAAUUUUUCAGUUGCAGAGAACAAGGAGGAUAGUGAUGAAGAUUCCUGUUGCAUCACUAAAGUAGUGAGAAAGUUGUGUCCUUUUGGAAAUGACAAAUGUGGGCUGAAAUGUGACCUUGAUUGCUGUAAUUCUGUAGUGCGCCACAUUUAUCAGUCUCCAUCACCAUCAGCAGUGUCAAUGGGUUCAUAUGUGCACAAAGACUUACAAAGUAAGACAUUUGAUAGUUCCAGUACUUGUGGUAGUACAAGUCAUGUCAAAGGGAACAAAGGCAAACCUGUAGAUAAAAACAAACUCUUUGAUACAACAACCACGGAGGCAGUUGAGGAAGACAGGGCUAGUUUUAUCUCUGUCGGCACCAAUACCUUGCCUUUCAAACCAUGUGUGAAGAAAGAUUCUCUUCACAAGGUAGCCCCAGAUGCUGCAACUACUCAAAGGAAAAGAAUUAAAUUGAGCACCAAGAAGUCUAGCAAGCGUCUGAAAAGAUUUGCUGCUGUCCAGGAUGAAAAAGUAGCUUUGAGUCACAAAUGCUAA